UCGUGCUUUGGGACCUUCGGAAAAAGACGAUAGAUGUAGUGCCAAAAUAAGUAAAGUUAAAGUUUAUUAGCAGUUUAGUUAAUGUAAGCAGUACAAAACAGUGCGUAGUCAAAACAAAAUCAAGUAAACAGAUGAAAUAGAAAGGUGCGGCACUAGGUCCCAUGCAUGAAUCGCAGUGAAUGUUUAUAAAUAGACCGGAGAGAAAUUGGUUUGUGCAAAACUGCUGAUUUUCGUGGAAAGCGUUGUGAAUCCGAAGAAUCAGUUUGACACGAACCGUCCGUGGAUUGGGACGUGUAAAACUCUGGUGAAAUUCAGUUCGACCCUUGUUUUUGACGGACGAGUGACCUCAACAGAUGUUUUCUGUUUACACGCUAGUGAUAAAAGAUUGAUAAGCGUUGUUAGUGAAGUGUGUCAUCGACAGUGCUAUUUUUAACGAGAAAUCUUGUGAAUUGCUCAAGAGAGUCUACAGAUCGAUCCAGUGUCCUGUACAACCGGACAAUUGCAGCUGCAAUAUAUUCGCGCUUGAGAAAGGUCAUUUCGCUCCGCGUGUCUAGUCGCGUGUUUCGUCGUGCGUCGUCGUUACGGUCGUCGUCGUCGUCGUCGUCGUCGGGUGUUUCGUACGUUAAGAACAAGUAAUCCUUCACGUUGCCAAAUACGGGCUUAAUAUCAAAAUGUCGUUUUUCAACGAAAAUUACAACUAUCCACGCAACUGGAAUGCCAACGGGUUCGGUUGGGUUAACCCAGCAGCUCUAAACCAACCUUCGUAUCCCAUGCAAAUGCCAACGCCGGAUUCGUCCGGUUAUUCCAGUUUGAAUCCUUCAAUUUCCGGUCACUCUCUGUCAUAUGGGUUUGCUCCUGGAGUUGUUCAGCCAUCGCCCGGCGGUUAUGCCCCAGCUCCUGCCGCUCCCAGCCUUCCAUAUCCGACGAUGGGAUUCGCAAGCUACGGAGGAGGUGGUAUGCCGAUGCCAACUCCGGACUCCGAUUACAGCGCUCCUCAGAUGCCAUCGAUGCCGAUGCCCAUGCCGGGUGGUUCUGAAUCUUCAGAUGACUCGGCCACCGUUAAGGAAUUUCCGUUCCAAGCGGUUUCCAUACCCAUAGUGGAGGGAAUGUUUAGCAGUCUGGGCGAAAAGGGCAGUGGCUUCCGUACCCGUACCGACGUCCAGGAUUUCUACGUCCUUCGCAAUCAGUGCCUUGAGAAUGGUUCCCUGUUUGAAGAUCCGGAGUUUCAGGCCGUUUCCUCAUCGUUAAUGUUCUCGCGCCGCCCCGAUCGGCACUAUGAGUGGCUCCGUCCGCAUGAGAUCAGCGAAAACCCAGAAUUCUUCGUGGAAGGAUUCUCCCGGUUUGACGUUCAGCAGGGUGAGCUGGGAGAUUGCUGGCUUUUGGCCGCUUGUGCAAACUUGACUCAGGAUCAGAAGAUGUUCCUCCGGGUGGUCCCAGAGGAUAAUAGCUUCGAAGAGGACUAUGCCGGAAUUUGCCACUUCCGUUUCUGGCAGUACGGACGGUGGGUGGAUGUGGUGAUCGACGAUCGGUUACCUACGUACCGUGGGGAACUGAUUUACAUGAGAUCAUCGGAGAAGAAUGAAUUCUGGAGUGCUUUGCUGGAGAAAGCCUACGCCAAGCUGCAUGGAUCCUACGAAGCGCUGAAGGGUGGUACCACUUGCGAAGCCAUGGAGGACUUCACCGGAGGUGUCACAGAAAUGUACGAUCUGAAAGAUCAAACGCCACCGAAUCUCUUCCCCAUCAUCGAAAAGGGAUUCCAGAGGAAUUCGAUGUUUGCCUGCAGUAUUGAGCCUGAUCCAAACGUUACUGAAGCAGAAACACCAGAAGGCCUUAUCCGAGGUCACGCUUAUUCAAUUACCAAGAUACAAAUGGUCGAUAUUGUAACUCCGUCCAGCUCCGGUAAGAUCCCUCUGAUUCGUCUGCGCAACCCAUGGGGUAAUGAAGCCGAGUGGAAUGGAGCCUGGAGUGAUCAAUCGCAGGAGUGGCGUUUCAUCCCGGAUGAGCAGAAGGAGGAGCUCGGUCUGAAUUUCGACUCCGAUGGUGAGUUCUGGAUGUCGUACCGAGAUUUCACCCGAUACUUUGACCGAAUUGAGAUUUGUAACUUGAGUCCGGAUUCGCUCAGCGAUGAAGCGAUCAAUCGCGGUAAGCUCCGUUGGGAGAUGUCCACCUUCGAAGGAGAAUGGGCCGUCGGUAGUACGGCUGGAGGUUGCCGUAACUAUCUGCAGACGUUCUGGCAUAAUCCUCAGUACGUAAUUCACCUGGAGGAUCCGGAUGAGGACGAUGAUGAAGGAAAAUGUACGGUUAUCAUAGCACUGAUGCAGAAGAAUCGACGGUCCCGACGAAACAUGGGCGUGGAUUGCUUGACGAUCGGUUUCGCCGUAUAUCGACUGUCGGAACGAGAUUUGGGCCAGAAACCGCUGAAGAUGAACUUCUUCAAGUACAAUGCCUCGGUUGCGCGUUCGCAGGCGUUUAUCAAUCUCCGUGAAGUGAGCUGUCGGUUUAAGCUGCCGCCCGGUGAAUACUUGAUUUUGCCGUCGACGUUCGAACCGAAUGAGGAAGGUGAAUUCCUGAUUCGAGUGUUCUCGGAGUGCAAGAACAGCAUGGAGGAGAACGACGAGGAGGUCGGAGUUGGAGAUAUUGAUGAUAGGAUUGCACCAGACGUCCCAGUCCCGUCGCAACCCUCACCCCAGCGCCAAGCCAUGGAACGUCUCUUCCUGGACGUGGCCGGCACCGACGGGGAGGUUGACUGGGUCGAGCUGAAACGCAUCCUGGAUCAUUCGUUCCGUGAUGAUCUCCCCAAGUCGUCGUCGGUCAAUGGGUUGAACAAAUCCUACGCCAACCAGCAGAAUGCGGCUAACUACGACGGAGGUGGCCCGGAGGACGCCGGUGGUGGACUGUUGGCCCAGCUGUGUGGCCUCUUCUGCAAGGAUACACCGUUUGCGGAAGCCUUCGGAGUGGCCGGAAGCGGACCGGACGCAAACGCCAACGCCAACGGCAACGCCAACAUGCAGAGUCAGAUCGUUCCCAUUCAGCACGUGGACCAAGUCGGUACCGGUUUUUCGAAGGACGUUUGCCGUUCGAUGGUCGCCAUGCUGGAUACGGACCAGUCCGGCAAACUCGGGUUUGAAGAGUUCCAAACCCUGCUGACCGACAUUUCCAAGUGGAAGGCGGUAUUCAAACUGUACGAUCAGGAUCAAACCGGUCGGCUCAGUGCGUUCGAGCUCCGUGAAGCCCUCAACUCGGCCGGGUAUCAUUUGAACAAUCGAAUCCUGAACGGAUUGGUGCACCGGUACGGUUCCCGGGAUGGAUCGAUAGCAUUCGAUGAUUUCAUCAUGUGCGCCGUUAAGAUCAAAACCAUGAUUGAUAUCUUCCGAGAACGGGACACCGAGGGCACCAACAUGGCCACGUUCAGUAUGGAUGAAUGGGUGGAGAAAACACUCUACUCGUAAGCGCUGGUCGGUUUCCAAUCCCAAUUUAAAAUGCCACAAAUAAUCUCCCGUUAAUUGACGUUAUUUAAAGAUCUAAUUGUUACAAUAUUAUUGGAUCGCUCUAUGCUCGAAUAGAACCAAAACUAUAGGCGUCUCGCAUUUUCUUCCGCCCAUGGAAAAUGAAACACAAAAUGAACAAAACAACAUGCAUCUACAAACCUUUUACCUACUUUUACGUUACGUUGUUAUAUCACUUUUUUAAAAGCAACCCGGUUUUAAACAUAAUUUAUAGAUAUUUACAUGUAAAUAAGUAUUCUACCGUGAUUGGAACUAUUUAUGGUUGCUAAAUGAACAAACAAACAAAAACGAUGAGUCUAUACUUAUGACGAACAGCAAAGCUUGCAAGUGGCCUCGUUAAUGUUCGAUAUGUGAAAGCGUGUGCUUGGAGCACUUAAACGAAACUAAAUUAUACCGAAUAAGUAAAUCAUUGGAGCUCUUAUGUGAAAUUGCAAAGCAAACACAACAAUUUUACCUUCAAUUCUGAUGUUUGGACGAGUAAAUCCGUACUUUCGGGCCUAAAA